AUGAAUUUCAUAAAAAUCCCACAACUGCUGAUCGCGAUUCUCCUCGUCGCGUUCUCCCUUUCCAACGCGUUUGCGGCUGGAGAAGAAGAAAUCAUCGCCUUAAUUAGCGAGUUACCGAGCGAUGCUUCCACGUACACGAUCAAACAACAAGGAGAGCAUUGGAAAACGCCGGGGUGGAGGAUUGAAGGGUACACGAAAGACACGUUUACCACAGAGAUCCAAGAGCUUUUUAAAACUGGCUUGUCUCAAUACGCCGCGGUGCACGGAUACAAAUACGGGUCUGCAGACUUGGAUUUCCCGGACCUUCUCGUAAAACCGAGUCUUCCGGCGGCGAACGUUGAAAUCGUCUCGGUUGAGAACCACGCAAAUAAGGCAAACGCGGUGAUUGUGAGCUGGCGGUAUUUGUGCGAGUCGUGCGUGGCUGGCGGGAAUGACAGAAUGGCGUGCCGCGCCGGCAGCACCGGGGUCAAUUGCAACCCAAAAGAGACGAGAUGCUUUACGAGCGCAAAUUGCGAUGACUUUUUUAACAUGCUUUUUAACCAUAAAUCACAAUCAACUGUUGCAACGAAGCUUGUUGACUUUUUGAAAACGACGAUGACGGAUUUAACCGACGCCGACAUGGCUUACGAAAAUCAAGUGAGUGGGGAUCAAGUUGGUCCUCAGGUCAUUUAUAAAUACGUCGUAAAGACGACGACGACGACGACGACGACUGGCAGCGAUGAUGAUGAUAUUGAACCAAUCGAUAUUGCUCUAUACAUUGGUUUUGGUUUUCUCGGACUUUUAAUAGUUGUUUUGUUAAUCAAGGGAAUGUUGAAGUAUUGUCUUGCAAAUGGUAUGAAGCCAGACGAAUGGUAUGAAAGACAUGGAAGUAGAUGA